CCCGCGGGUAAUCCCGAGCAGGCUGCGGGACCCAGCCCAACCCGAGUUUCGAAGCCACCCGGCAUGUCGCCUGGGCGCCCCGACCAUCCAGGGCCACUCUCCGCCGGGAGGCGGGACCUGGACGCCGAGUAUCCAUAAGAAUGGAUGCAGUGUCUCUUUGCCACAUUCCUUAUUGCUGUAUCUCAUGAGCCUACCCGAUCUUGAGGAAGAGCUGUAUUUAAUGAUGACAAGCCUCUGACCAGUGUAGCAACAAGAAGGAAAAAGGACCUCAGAUAAAGAAGUACUUAGAUUUCUAUUCAACAAGGAAGACACCUCGGUCAACAAGCCCUGCUGCAUUACCUUUUCCCAAGAUGAACCGAUACACGACCAUGAGGCAGUUGGGGGACGGCACAUACGGGAGUGUGCUUAUGGGCAAGAGCAACGAAUCCGGGGAGCUGGUGGCCAUUAAGAGGAUGAAGAGAAAGUUCUAUUCUUGGGAUGAGUGUAUGAACCUGCGAGAAGUUAAGUCCCUGAAGAAACUCAAUCAUGCCAAUGUGAUUAAACUAAAAGAAGUUAUCAGAGAAAAUGACCAUCUCUAUUUUAUAUUUGAAUAUAUGAAAGAAAACCUCUAUCAGUUAAUGAAAGACAGAAAUAAGCUGUUCCCUGAGUCAGUUAUCAGAAAUAUUAUGUAUCAAAUCCUGCAGGGGCUGGCAUUUAUCCAUAAACAUGCAAGAGAAUUAAGAUCACAGCCACCAUAUACUGACUAUGUGUCGACCAGAUGGUAUCGUGCUCCUGAAGUCUUGCUAAGAUCUUCGGUGUACAGCUCUCCCAUUGAUGUGUGGGCCGUGGGAAGCAUAAUGGCUGAGCUAUAUACGUUUAGACCGCUUUUUCCAGGGACAAGUGAAGUCGAUGAAAUCUUUAAAAUCUGCCAAGUGUUAGGGACUCCCAAGAAAAGUGACUGGCCGGAAGGAUACCAGCUUGCAUCCUCCAUGAAUUUCCGCUUUCCCCAGUGCAUUCCUAUAAACCUGAAAACUCUCAUUCCCAAUGCCAGUUGUGAGGCUAUUCAGCUUAUGACAGAGAUGUUGAGCUGGGAUCCAAAGAAACGACCAACCGCAAGCCAGGCAUUGAAACACCCGUAUUUUCAAGUCGGUCAGGUAUUGGGUCCUUCCAUACACCACCUGGACGCAAAACAGACUCUCCACAAGCAGCUGCAGCCACUGGAGCCGAAGCCAUCUUACUGUGAACGGGAUCCUAAACCUUUGCCAAAAGUAGUUGAUGAGCCUGCCGGGCAGCCCCAGCCAAAACAGGGCCACCAACCACUACAGCCUAUUCAACCACCACAGAACACAGACGUCCAGCCUCCUCCACGGCCGCAGGGUCACCAGAAACCACCACAGACAAUGUUUCCAAGCAUCCUCAAAACCACGAAGCAAGUCAGCACAGUGAACCUUAAAGGAGCUCGGAGACGGUGGGGUCAGGCAGUCUUCAAGUCUGGAGACAGCUGUGACGACUUUGAGGACAGCGACUUCGGGGCCUCCCAUUCCAAGAAGCCGAGCAUGGGUGCCUUCAAGGACAAGAAGAAAGAGUGUCCAUUUCGGCUUCCAGAGUCAGGACUCCCAUACUCCAACCACUCCAAGGAGGAAAACAAGAGUUUACAUGCAGCUGUUUCCUUAAAAUCUGACACAAACUCGUCAACUGCUUCAACGGCUAAGCAGUACUAUCUGAAACAAUCAAGAUACCUUCCAGGCGUCAACCCCAAGAACGUGUCUUUGGUAGCCAGUGGCAAAGACAUAAACUCACACACUUGGAAUAAUCAACUAUUUCCCAAGUCGUUGGGCUCCAUGGGGGCGGACCUUACUUUCAAGAGGAAUAAUGCAGGAAACCUUGGGAGCUACACAUACGACCAGACAGGAUCCAUGCCUUCCUUUCUCAAGAAAGAAGUGGGAUCGGCUGGCCAGAGGAUCCACCUGGCACCUCUUGGUGCGGCGGCUUCAGAAUAUACCUGGAACACAAAAUCUGGCCGAGGCCAGUUUUCAGGACGAACUUACAAUCCCACAGCAAAAAAUCUCAAUAUUGUGAACCGCACACAGCCGGUCCCCUCUGUGCACGGGAGGACAGACUGGGUGGCUAAGUACGGAGGUCACCGGUAGGAAGCCCUGAAGCGUGGCUCCAAAGAGGACGGUCACGCCUGGGAGAUGUCUACAGCGUCUUUUUCUACCGAAUUGCACAAGAAACACCCAACCGUGGGUACCUCAAAGAGCAGACGUCAGCUCCCAUUCCCUUUCUUUCCUGGAAACGCGAUGCGACAUUUCCAGGAAGCAGCGCGGAUGCACCACCAUGCUGAGACUUUUGAGUGGGACUUUACAGAGUAUUGAAUAAAGUAUUUGCCAAAGUAUGAAGUAUUUGAUCUACAAAUUACUGCAUAAGUACGUAGGCUUUUAGAGAGUGACUCCGGAGAGUGAGUGCACGGGGCCACACUCUCGCCUGUCUAAGCCACUGAGGUUCUGGUCCCUGCAGGGACCCACUGGCCCUAGCACUUUGCCUCCACCUCUCUUUUCCUGAUGGUGAGGUAGGCCCCUGGGGCCGAGUUACGGGGCUGGCUUGAUGCUCUCCCACCUCGGCAAUGCUAACUACCUUCCAGUUUUCUCCAUUUGAAACUAUGAGAUGAGUGACCCGGCACAUCAGAGCGGGAUUUUUCUUAGAGAGAAACUUUCCUCCAGCCCCUGGGAAGGUGUACACCAGUCCGCCUUCAGCACUGUUGCUGGAUCUUGACCAAACUGCGAACUCACCAUGACCGUCAGACCCUGUAGCCUGGUGAGUCCCGCACCAAUCACACCCUCUCAUCCUUAAGAAUGUUCUUGAAAACCGUACUGGAUGCUUGUUCAUCUGACUCUCCCAACUCCUGUUUCUGUGUGUUUCUCCCAGAGACAGAGGUGAAGCGUGCCAGCUGGUCCCCAGGCAAACUCUUGCUGCUGCAGGUCACUGACAAGGCUCUGACCGUCAUGUGACCUUCAGUCACAGGGUAAACGCACUCAGUUGCCAUGGCAGAGUUCCGUGCAGUUCUUCUUAGUUUUGUUACUAAGUUGUUUUUGUUUUGUUUUGUUUUUAAAAUAGAUAUUUUGAAGUUAGGACUACUUUAAACCUGCCAUAUGCUGGGCUGGGCAUUAGUACUGUUUAUUCUUUUGAAAGAAUAAUGUUAUUGCCUACUGAUAUUUUUAUGUCUUUAUUUUGUAAUAGAUGCUGAUAUAACUGGCAUCACUUUGUGGGCACUUCCCAGAGGCACAUUAUCAAAUCAUAUAUUUUUGUAUAGAAGAUACAGUUGUUCAUAUUUUACAUGUUUAAAAUGUUAUACUUGAAAUAGUAAUUUAUCCUAGUCCUGAUGGUUAUAUGUAUUUGUACAAUUUUGUUGUCUCAAAGCUAAUAAAAAUGACUUGGUGUUUCUAAGAAACAUGGCCUCUUGAAUAGAUUAU